AUGGAGGCGAUUGGAGCGACGUGUGCUCUCCUGUAUGGUCUGAACCGCUUUACUGACGUGCUGAAGCCAGAAGUGAAAGAGUGCCUGACGCCCACCGCAUACACGCCUUUCACACUGCUCGAAAAAGAGAAGCUGACCCACGACACUAUGCGGUUCCGGUUCCGCAUCAACCGUCCGCGACAUGAUGGAGAGCGCGAGCACACUGUCGACGAAAUCAUUCAGUCGGGCGCCUGGGCCAUCGACGUCAAGGACCACAUGGUACAAACGUACCGCACAUACACGCCUGUUGAUAUGCACAUGGAUGGCGAACGGUAUCCCCGCGGUAGCUUGUCGCGGUUCCUGCAUGGGACACGGGUUGGAGACCAGGUCGAGAUGCGCGGACCGAUCCUGACCAUGCCGUAUAAGCCUGGCCAGCAUAAGCAUAUAUACAUGGUUGCUGGUGGGACAGGCAUUGCACCCAUGUACCAGCUUAUUGACCGGGUCUUGAAGAACCCGGAGGACAAGGACACGAAGAUUUCGCUGCUGUAUGGAUCACGGACAGAAAAGGACAUAAUAUAUCGGGAACAGCUGGACAAGAUGGCGAUUGAGCACAAGGACAGGCUCGACAUUUGGUACAUGGUCGACCAGGGCCCAACUGAGUUACCUCUUGUUGGAUAUCCGACUCCGCAGCUGCUCAGGGACUUUACCAAGGGGUUCACCGGGGGCAAGGAUAUCGUGCUGGUCAGCGGCCCGGACCCAAUGAUGAAGUGUGUCAGUGGAUUGAGGCCAAUUGGACCGAGCCAAGGGCCGCUAUCUGGGAUUCUACGCGAGCUGGGGUUCCGGCAACGGGAUGUAUUCAAGUUCUAA